ACUCACUGUGAGGGGGAACUUUGUUACUAUGAAACUUAGGAAUAUUUACAAAAUAUUGUAAAAAUUAUCAAAAUCCCUCGUGAAUCAAUAACCUGCCCCUAGGGUUUGAGGUUUUUAGUUUAGUUUGCCCGCAAAGGGCUUCUACACUCACUAUUCUUACAUUUUUUGAAAGAAUGUGUGAGGCAGACAGUUAGCCAGCUAGCUAGCUAGCUGAGAGGUGAUACAGGCGGCAGGAGAACAAAAGAUUUUUUUGCGUUUUGGCCGGUUGUACUGACACCAAGUCCAUGCAGAACGUGUCAUUACCAUCACAAUGCCCGUUUUACUUUUUCUGAUAGACACGUCCGCUUCAAUGAACCAGCGCACCCAUCUGGGCACUACCUAUCUGGACAUAGCAAAAGGCGCUGUUGAGACUUUUAUGAAGCUCAGAGGGAGAGAUCCGGCGAGCCGAGGGGACCGGUAUAUGUUGGUAAAUUUUGAAGAUGUUCCGUUCGGGAUAAAGGCUGGAUGGAAAGAGAGCCAUGCCACAUUCAUGACAGAGUUGAGGAACCUCCAAGCAACUGGACUCACAACUAUUGGCCAGUCCUUGAGGAACGCUUUUGAUUUACUCAAUCUCAAUAGAUUAGUGACUGGGAUAGACAACUAUGGACAGGGAAGGAAUCCUUUUUUCCUUGAACCUGCCAUCAUCAUCGCAAUUACUGACGGCAACAAGUUGACGAGCAGCAGCGGAGUCCAAGACGAGCUCCAUCUGCCUCUGACCACCCCGCUGCCGGGUAGUGAGCUGACAAAGGAGCCCUUUCGCUGGGACCAGCGCCUGUUCGCUCUGGUGCUACGUAUCCCAGGCAACGCUUCGGUGGAGCCCGAGCCCCUCGGUGGCGUCCCGUCUGAUGAUUCUCCAAUCACCCCCAUGUGUGAGGUCACUGGAGGACGUUCGUACAGCGUCUUCUCUCAGCGUAUGCUGAAUCAGUGUUUGGAGUCUUUGGUGCAGAAAAUCCAGAGCGGAGUUGUUAUAAACUUCGAGAAGACGGGACCUGACCCACCUUUGCUAGAUGACACGCCAGCUGAAGCGGUGAAAUCUGGUCUGCAGCCUUGGCACUGCUGUCACAAGCUGAUCUAUGUACGACCUAACCCUAAAACCGGCGUCCCCAUUGGGCACUGGCCCAUCCCCGAAGCUUUCUGGCCAGACCAGAACUCGCCCACAUUGCCUCCCCGCUCGGCCCACCCCCACGUCCGUUUCUCCUGUGUGACUGCUGAACCCAUGGUGAUAGACAAGGUGCCCUUUGAUAAGUAUGAGCUAGAGCCUUCGCCGCUCACGCAGUACAUUUUGGAGAGGAAAUCCCCGCAGAUCUGCUGGCAGGUGUUUGUGUGUAACAGUGCCAAAUACAGCGACCUGGGGCAACCCUUUGGUUACCUAAAGGCCAGCACGGCUCUAAAUUGCGUCAAUUUGUUUGUAAUGCCCUACAAUUACCCCGUACUUCUUCCACUUCUGGAUGACUUGAUUAAAGUCCACAAGUUCAAGCCCACCAUUAAAUGGCGGCAGUCCUUUGAGAACUACCUGAAGACGAUGCCUCCAUAUUAUAUUGGGUCCCUAAAAAAGGCUUUAAGAAUCAUGGGAGCACCAAACCUGCUCGCUGACAACAUGGAGUACGGUCUGAGCUACAGCGUGGUUUCCUACCUGAAAAAGCUCAGUCAGCAGACAAAAAUCGAGUAUGACCGUCUGAUCGGCUUGAUUGGAAAGAAGCAGGCACCAGAGCCUGGGCUCAAGGUGCGAUGGCGAGGUGGAAGUAUUUCUCUAGCCCAGCGCAGGGACUUCAUCCAGCAGCUGCAGAGUCUCACGGGAGAGGCCCCAGCUCUGCCCAUGGAGCUUAACCCCAAAGAGUUUCAAGGCUUCCACCUGGCACUGCUCAACAAGAGCCUGAAGCCUCAGAGUUUUAGGAAUCCGUACGACAUCCCCCGCAGCCACCUGCUCGACCAGCUCAGCCGAAUGAGGAGAAACCUUCUCAACACCAGCGUCUGCACCCUCAGAGGGCACGACUCAGACCAGCUCCACAGUGUGCCAAUCGCCCAGAUGGGAAACUACCAAGACUUCCUCAAAGCUGCUCCCCAGCCCCUUCGAGACGCAGACCCUGAACAGCCCAAACGGCUGCACACAUUCGGCAACCCCUUCAAACUAGACAAGAAGGGCAUGAUGAUCGACGAGGCCGAUGAGUUUGUGACCGGCCCUCAGAACAAGGGCAAGAGACCAGGUGACAGCAACAACCUGCCGGGUGGGGGUCCAAGAGACGGCCGCUGCAUGUCGCCUCUGCUGCGUUUGGGUAGAGCCUACACCCCUCCGGUGUCCCCCUCUGCGAGCCCUCGACACGCAGCAGACAUGGACAUUAACGACGGCACUUCAGAACCAGACCUGAUCAUCAACCACGUGAAUCAGAACCACUACGGCUCAGACGGGAAUUCAGACUCGGACGUGGAUGAUCCGUCGAGUCCCUCCGACCUUCAGGAGAACCACCCGGCUGCGGAUCCCCAGGUCCUCAGGCACAGGGAUGAGGACGAGAACGGGCGACCCGGUCCUGGUGAGCCGCCGCUGGGCAGCGAGGGGAGAGCGGAGAUGGUGCAGAUGGACGACCAGGUGCAGCACUACCUUUCACCUUCAGCUCUGAAGAAGCACAUUCACACGGAGACGACGAAGGUCAACAAUGAGCUGAGGGCGCUCAUCACCAAGGAGAUCAGAAAACCUGGCAGACACUAUGAGAAGAUUUUCCUCCUCUUGAAACAGAUCCAGGGCACUCUGGACACCCGGCUCAUCUUCCUCCAAAACAUAAUCAAAGAGGCGGCCAGGUUCAAGAAGCGCGUCCUCAUCGAACAGCUGGAAAACUUCCUCGAAGAGAUCCACAACAGAGCCACUAACAUGAACCACGUGGACACGCUCUAAUACAAACUCAUUCCCAAACUGAACUUACUGGUAACGAACCAGACGACCCUCCACGUCCCUCUAAAACCACCCCUCCUACUGUACCAGGGCCCCUGCAAAGAUGAGACAAGGCAGCCUCCAGCUCUCAAACCAUCACUUCUUCUGUGGACUCUUUCAUUCAUUUAAUUGACAUUAGUGAUGGUUGUUGUUUACACGAUCAUACUUAAAGACCGUACUGACCCUGAAUAAUGCAGGAGCAUUUUUCAGACUUCCAAAAAAAGGUAGCGAGGAGGCAUAUAAGUGUCGGCCUAUGCAAUGAGAUGUUUGUUGUGUAGACAGUGUGUACAUGAAUGCUUUCUGAACCCAUCUCAGAUCUUGCCCUUUAAUAAGUCACCCAAAAAUCAGAUUUUCUUUUUUUUUUUUAAAUAAAUGAGAGUGAUUAUCUCUCAAACAGGGGGCUGAAGUAAACAAGGACUUUUCUGGAGAUGGGUCAGGUGACAGCUUGUGCCUGGAUGUGAUACAAGUGAGUCAGUGCAAUGGGCUGAUAGUGUAGGAAGGGUUCAGCACAUGUGUGUGGUUGUGUUUUCUGACAACUCAGGGUCAAAUGGGAUCCAGCAGAGAUGCUCAUGAAACUCUUUGCUCAACUCGUGACUCAUUUUUCCCUUCGUGUUAUUUCUGAUUUGUGGAGGAUGAGAGUCUGGCAUUCUCUCUGAUUGUUAAACCUUUUUGACCUUCGACUUUCCACUAAAUGGAGAACUCCACUGCUGUGCUUGAAUCAGAACGAUUGAGCUCGGACAGUGAAUCUGAUAACGUGGUCUUCCUAACAGACUGACACGAUUGAGUAGUAGCUUAACUUUUGGACUAAACGAACAGUUCCUGUUCCCUCUGAGGGAAGAAAACAGAUCCACUGUGCUCGUUACAUCUGGAGGCAGUACACUAAAAAAAAACUGUCUUUUGCAAAGUAAAACGAUCGACGUGGGGCGAGGGGAAAAAAAAAAAAAACUCAGGAACUGACAUUAAUGCAUCACAAUCAGCAAUAACAUUGGCGCCCUCCUCUCUGCCCUUUCUCUUUAUUUUAGCCUGAAACAGCUGAUAUGCAACACAAACGGCUGUCUGCUGGAGUGUAGAUGAACCGAGGUCUUGGAUGCCAGCUCCCAACAUGCUGGCUGCUGCCAAAUAACUUAACCGACCACCCCCAAACUCCCUCUUUCCGCCAUGGAUCUCAAAGCAACUUCUUGCCACUUAAACAUGAAUGCACUUGUGUACAUUUGAGAAUUUUUAUUUAUGUAAGUUAAAAGAAAAUACAGCCUUUAAACCCAAUUUCUUUUUUUUUUUUUUUGUGCCAGAUUUGUUUAAUGUUCUCAAAUUUACUCAAAUAAUAUCAAGAGGUCAGGAGCUGAUUUCAGAUUCAGAGGGCAGCCCUCUUCCGUUCCCUCCCUCCUUGGACAGGGACCAAAAUCUGCCAUACUUGUCUUUGUUUGUGAAGAGGCCGCUACCAAAAGAGUAUUUUGAAUACACUGUAAAGAUGUAAAUAACCCUAGAGUACUAUUUAAAGAGAAUGUUCAGUGGAAAAUGGCCUUUUUGUAAGUAUUUCCAUGAAUAAAGUUUCUAUUUUACACUGUGAAGGGCCAUGUAAAUAAAGUGUUCUGUAAA